UGCACACGACUGUAGUCGAGAAAACAACCACUAUAAGCGUCCUCCUCCCGCUCCUCCUCGAGUUUGGCACUUUUUGUACAUCAGACGAAAAUAGGCCCUGGGACUGCGUCUUGUAAACGAGAGAUUGUACGGGUGUCUGUGCCUGCACGCCUUUGGCUCGAGAAACCUGCCGAACUUGUCUGAGCUUGCCAGCAGCAGCCCAGCAACACGUUGAGUGGAGCGACACCUGCACCGUACAAUGGCUCUGUUGACUCUGCACAGGCUCCCCUCCAUCAGCGCUGCUCCCGAUGAAACCACCCAAAAAAGAGGACGAUUUCAGAAAAGGGAGAGCUUUGCCCUCGUGAAGGGAGCGGUGCUCCUGCUGGAAGAGGCCCAGAGAGAGGAGCCUCACGAGGAGACUUUGCUUCCCCAGAAACAAGAAGACUGUGCUUCAGACAAGCGUCACAGACACAUUCACGCCAUGGUUGAGCUGCUUCGACCAGAAGAUAGUAUCAAGCUGGCCGUGCAGCUGGAGUCCAUCAGUUCGGUUCGAAUCAGGUAUCUCAUCAUUGUCUCUACUCUCGCUAACAAAGACGAGACCAUCCUGCUUGGCAUGGAUUUCCCCAAACAGGACAGUGAUGAGUGCACCAUUGGCUUGGUUCUGCCCGUCUGGAGCGACACGCAAGUGUAUUUGGAUGGAGACGGCGGUUUCAGUGUCACAUCAGCAGAAGAAACAAGAAUUUUUAAACCGGUUUCCAUGCAGACCAUGUGGUCAGUGCUGCAGUCUUUGCACGGCUGUUGCGAGCGGGCCGUCAAAGGUGCCGUGAUCCCGGGCUGCGGCCUGGAGUGGGCCCAGCACUACCACCAGCACGUCGAGUCGGACCGCUUAUGCCUCAACGAGUGGGAGGCCAUGAAUGACUUGGAGUCGGUCAGGAAGGACAGCGACGGUCAGAAUAAUGCAGACCGAACCUCUAAAGAGAGGCUGAUCAAGGAGCACCUGAGAGACAUCAUGAGGACAGAAGACCUGGAUAACCUCACGUCCAAAAUGGUCCACACGGCCCUGAAGACGCGAAUCGGCUUCGACAUGAGGCCGUUCAAGGAGUACAUUGACAAUGAGAUUCUGGUUACCAUGGCUCAGAUGGACAAACCAUCAAAGAUUUUUGACUACCUUUACCUGGGCUCCGAAUGGAACGCGGCCAACUUUGAAGAGCUGCAGAAAAACAACGUGGGCUACAUUCUGAAUGUGACGAGGGAGAUCGAUAACUUCUUCCCAGAGUCCUUCACCUACAUGAAUAUCAGAGUGUAUGACGUGGAGGCCACUGACCUACUCCCCCACUGGACCGACACGUACAACUUUAUCAACACUGCAAGGAAGAGCGGACAGGCGGUGUUGGUGCACUGCAAGAUGGGCGUGUCUCGUUCCUCGUCCACCGUGAUCGCCUACGCCAUGAAGCAGCAGCGCUGGUCGCUGGACGUUGCCAUGGCCUACGUGAGGGAUCGCCGCUCCAUCGUUAAACCCAACGACGGCUUCAUGAAGCAGCUGCAGACCUACAAUGGUAUCCUCAACGCCAGCCAGCAGCGUCACAGUUUACUGUGGAGGCGAAAAUCCAAAGACCAAAGGCAGAAGUCUGAGCACAAAGACAACGGAGGGGAGUCAGGUGAUGAGGAAGAGGAGGAAGGAGAUGAGGAAGAAGGGGAUGAAGAGCAGGAGGAUGAAGGCCUUGACGAGGGUGACGACAUCACAGAGAGCAGUGACGAAAAUGAGGAGUCUGUGGAAGAGGUGUUUACGCAGCCCGAUUCCAACCAGGAAGCUGGGCAGAUAGCACCGCCUGUCGUCAUCACUGCUCCCAGUGUCAGUCGCAGUGGUAGGAUGAACCUCUUUUCCCUCAUGCAGUCCAUUAGUGAACUCGAUGAUGUGGAUAAAGGAUGCAGUCAGCUGCCUGCCAGUCCGCGACGAUCGCCGCACCAACGGAGGCGGAGCCACAGCCGAAAGGGUUUGAUUCACCAGAGUGCCUGUGUGGAUUUCUCGCCCGAACCACGGAGUCUACCGGACGCGGCCCACGACAAACCUUGAAGAAGUCAGAGGAAAGAAGAGAACUUUUUUGUUUUAGAACCCGAAGGAACAGGACUUCUUUUUACGUAUCCAUGUUGUGCCAUUGAACCAAUGUUUCACUGCUGAUGCAAAGUUGUUGUUGUACUGCUGCAGUGUUUGAGCGACUGGCUCAGGCUCGUCUGUUUAGUCCAGCGUCCUGUGUUUCAACAUUUCAACACUCCAGAUGUCAACUAUGCAACUUUAAUUUUUUUUACAUGCUGCCAAUUGAAGGAUUUGUCCGAUCAGAAGAGUCACAUGACUCACAAAUUCUCACUGAAGGUUUUGCUAGUUUCUAAGCUGUAUUUUCUGGACCAAGUUAGGGCCAGUUUUAUGCUGCCCACCUCAUUAUCAGUAAGUCUGUAUUCCAAUGUGCCAACGAAUAUGUCAAAUUGAUUAUUUUUAUCACUAUUUCAAACCAAUGUCAUAUGUAUUUUAUGUUAUUACAGCUGUAUGAGUGCCUUCUAGCAGUGAAUGACGAUAUUGUGUUUAUAGACCACUGUAUGUUUCUACUGUUGUCACAUGCUUGGAAUGUACCAUCCCGGGUUUUCGCAUGUUGUUGCACGGAUAAUUACCUGCUGAUGUUUUGUACCAACCGGUGAAAUUUUUCAUUCAGGUGUUCAAUCUUGUGUAUUUAUGUUUUGCUUUCUUAUUCCAAAUCCUGUUUGUGGGAUUUCCGGAUACUGAUUGGAUUGUUUUUCCGUCACUAACAGCUCAUCCUUUAACAUGCACGCAUGUUAUUAUUCAACACGUCAGACAGCCUGAGCCAACUUUAAGCUGCAUUAUGUUGAAUACUGUUUUAUAAGCACUGUUCACUUCUUCUGCUGUGUUUCACUCCACUGUAUGCAGCUCACGUGUGUUUAUAAGCACAGCAAAAUAAAAACCAACCAACAAUUGUU